AUGGGCAAGAAGAAGGUUCUCGUGAGCUAUGGUGUUGACAUAGACGCAGUCGCAGGUUGGCUUGGGUCGUACGGAGGAGAAGACUCCACCAGUGAUAUCAGCAGAGGUCUCUGGGCUGGAACAGUAGGAACGCAACGCUUGCUAAAGCUCUUUGAAAGAAACAAUAUCAAAGCAACGUGGUUCAUUCCUGGCCAUACCCUGGACACGUUUCCCGAAGAUUGCGCUGCUGUACGAGAUGCAGGGCAUGAAAUUGGUCUGCAUGGCUAUUCACACGAAAAUCCAGCGGACAUGACAUUCGAGCAGCAACGAGAUGUCCUCGACAAAACCUACAAACAGCUCACAGAGUUCUGCGGAAAACCACCUCGUGGCUCAGUGGCGCCAUGGUGGGAAACAUCAGCAGAAGGCACUGACUUGCUUCUCUCCUAUGGCAUCGAGUACGAUCACAGCAUGUCUCACGAAGACCACAAGUGCUACUGGCUACGCACAGGUGACGAGUGGACUAAGAUCGAUUACUCAAAGAACGCGGUUGACUGGAUGAAGCCGCUCACCAAAGGCAAGGAGACAGGGCUUGUAGAGAUCCCAGGCUCAUGGUACAUCGAUGACCUUCCACCGAUGAUGUUCAUGAAAAAGAGCGCGAACUCACAUGGCUGGGUGAACCCGCGCGACGUCGAGCAGAUUUGGAUGGACCACUUUGACUAUUUUUACAGGGAGUACGAUGAGUUUGUUUUUCCUAUGACGAUCCAUCCAGAUGUUAGUGGAAGGCCGCAUGUAAUUCUCAUGCACGAGAGGAUCAUUGAACACAUCAACAAGCAUGAAGGUGUUGAGUGGGUGACGAUGGAGCAGAUGGCGGACGACUUCAAGAAGAACAAUCCGUUACCGAAGGAUGCGAAGGUGCCUGCACCACCUGGCGAAAUCCUGAGACAGCAGAAGGAGGGUAAAGCAUACUCUUUGAUUGAGUACAAUGGACCGACGGAGUUCAAGUAG